AUGCAACGACAGUCCUUACAGUCACAGCAGUUCGGAUCAUACAUACGAUUCUACUCUUCCAAUUGCAAUUGCACAAUGACAGACAACGCCAGCAACGGACACAACAAAAUUAUGUUUGCCGGCCAUGGCAAGGCCUUGGAAAACAUUUGCACUGCUGCCGACAAAACAGGAAAUUACAAGGCAAUGUUGGCAGCGCUGUCUCUCCACCAAUAUUACGCUUUGAGUCAUCCGCCGACAACAAGAAAGGAUUAUUUCCAACUAUGGAAGGACAACAGCCUCUCCCUUCCCUGCGGUCCCAAUUUUGAUGGCCUUAACAGUCUCCUGCAGAAUAAAGGCCGACAGAAGCAGCAACAAAUUAGCUAG